GUGCGGUGGUUAAGUGUGGACGACCUGGGCGGUGGAUUGGCACGCGCCGCGGUUUCCGUGGGUUUCGCUCUUUCGACUUGGACUUGGACUUGGUCUUCGGCCGGAAGCCGUUGGUUGUUGGUUGUUUGGGCCAUGUGGGCAUUUAUGGCCAAGUGUCGACGGCGGAGACAGAAAUCAAACGCAAAGACUAAGCCAUCCCACACACGUUUGGCCCCGGUCAAAGUUGAGUGGGUCACUAAACUCGGAUAUCGACGGUGGUGCUUGCGAAUGGAACCGCAAUUAGCGUUGAUUAUGGCCAACAGCGGGUUGAUUGACAUUCUGUUGGCUAGACCGUGUGCCUUUGUCUGUCCGUGUUUGUCCUGGCUAUCGUUGCUUCGUUAUUAACCGCACCCACGCAAGGGUCAUGUGAAUAUUGAUCCUGCUGCGUUUCGUUCUGCUGUCCUAGCCAGUCGUAUGAUUAUUAAUAAUGGUCACGCGCGCGGAAAACUUUGCAUUGCAUUUUUCUCCAGUCAGUUGCCAUCGCGUUGGCCUGACAAACGGCCGUGUCCUAGAGUGUCCUGGAGUUUCCUACGGUUACCUACGGAAUAUCCCAAGAAAAUCGAUACUAAUGAGCCAUUAAAUGUGGCCCCAGCUGCAGUCGACCGUAGUCUAAUGAGCUGAACGGCGGCGGAAAUUGAAUGUUGGCUCCAACCAAGCUAGUGCAGCAGGAAAUCACAUCAGCAUCGUUUUAAGCCAUCUGCCAGCUAAACGGAAACGGAAACGGCAACGGUAAAGGUAGCACUAAAACGGAAGUCUUAGCCGUAAUGCCUUGCGCCUGAAUGGUUGCAUAGCAUGGGCUGCUCCAGUUCCAAGUCCGUAGACGCCACCGCAGACGACCGAAAAUCAGCCAAGUCAACUACAACUAAAAUGGCCAGCAAGAAGGAGUACCCUGCCUCGGAGGCCUUUACCAUUCCAUUGGAUAGCGAAGAAAAUCCCGAGAUGCCGCUAAAUGAGACACUGCGUCAGCCGCCGAAGAGGAUUCAGCAGAUGAUGCAGGAGGCGGCCAGUUCGGAGCCACCCACUUUGGAGGAACUGGAGGACAAGCAGCAAAGGGCCGAGCAAAGGCGUCAGGAGCUGAUGCAGCUGAAACUGGAGAUCAUACAGAAGAAUGCUCAAAUGCUGAUGAGGUCUCCAGAGGAAAAUCCUGAAGAUAAACAAGAAAAUCCCGAAAACCCCGACUAAAACUUAGCUUCUCUUUCAUUCACAUUUUUUAUUGUUAGCUUUAAAUUAUAUAUGUAUUACUAUAUAUCGUAGUAUAUUUCCAAACAAUUAGAUUGUAUGCAAUUAAAUCUGCUCUCAUCAUCAAAA